GGGGGCGGGGCCUGCGCCCGCGUGGGCGGGGCCAGAGUGCGAGGGUGCUCGAGAGGAAGGCCGGCGGAGGCGGGGCACUGACAGUGUUUUUUUUUUUUACCCACUUUCCUGGAGCAGCCGCGGAGACGCGCAGGUGCAGACAGCGCGGCCCGGCGGCGGGGCUUCGGCCUCGGAAGCCCUGGAGAUGGCGGCGGGGACCCGGCUGGAGGAUGGUUCGCUGGAUCUCACACAGAGUAUGGAAGAUGACCCCAUUCUAGAUGGUCAGCUUCUGCCACAGCAUUCACUGCACGUUCAUUUCAGACCUAGAUUCCAUGCUCUUCCCACAGUCAUCAUAGCAAAUCUCCUCUUGUUAAUACAUGUUGUAUUCGUUGUUUUAGCAUUUUUAACAGGUUUGCUUUGUUCUUAUCCUAAUCCAAAUGAGGACAAAUGUCCAGGAAACUACAUCAAUCCGUUUAAGGUUCAGACUGUAAUCAUCCUUGGAAAAGUGAUUUUAUGGGUCUUCCAUGUGCUUCUUGAACGUUACAUCCAGUACCACCAUAGCCAAGUGAGAAAUCAAGGCUACAUCAUGAUGUACAGAUCCACUAGACAUCUUAAAAGACUGUCAUUAAUGAUCCACUCAACUGGCAAUGCAGCACUGCUCCUCAUCUUGUGUAUACAGCACUCUUUCCCCAAUCACAGUACCCUCUAUCUCGACUUCAUCCUGGCAGUCCUGGCCGUGGAGCUGAUCUGUUCCAUGAUAUGUCUGGUCAUUUAUACAGUGAAAGUAAGAAAAUUUAAUAAAGCCAAACCAAGACCUGAUAUAAUUGAAGAAGAGAAGAUGUAUGCAUAUACCAAUAAUAGUACCUCAGAGACUGGAUUCAGGACUAGUUCCUGUCUAGAAGAAGUAGUUGAAAAGCAAGGAGAUAUAAUUGAAUACCUGAAACGACACAAUGCCCUGUUAAGCAAGCGACUGCUGGCCUUCACAUCCCCAGAUUCAGCUUCUCAGCCAAGGAGAGAAUGAAGACUCCCAAAGCUUCUGCAUUUCUGGAAUAAUCCAAAAUAAAACCACUCACACUGGACCUUUGGACAAGCUGCCAGUAUUCAAUUAGAGCUUGUGCUGACUAGUUUUUUAAAAAUAAUUUGUGUUGAAAACUUGAAUUUUUGUUUUCAGGUAUGCUGGACUUUUUCCUUCUAUUGCUAUAUAGCUAUAUGUCUUCUGUAGUUGAAAAAUCCAUUUCUGUAAUCAGCAUUUUAAAACAUAGUUUACAGAUACUCAUUUUCCCUACCCCUUGGCAUAAUAGGUUUGAAUUAAUUUAAAUCCUGUUUCCUUAAAGGUAUAGUUUUGGUUUCUUCCAAGUUAACACAUCCAAAUGAAAGUAAAUCCUCUGUUUCUUAACAGCCUGGUCCUUUAGAGAGGUAGUUAAUCCUUUCAGAGAAGUUUCUAAACAAAUGAGCUUAACACAAAUACAUUUAGAUGACAGAAGCCACUGUGAUUAUAUAUGUUUUUCUCCCCCCCCCCAAAAAAAAAAGACCUUAGAGUCAUUUCUACGUACCUGCCUUGUGGUGCUGGGCAGAAACUCAGUUCAUUCAUUUUAAGGCAGUCAUUAGAAAUGUCAUUUUUUGAAAAAGGACUUUGUACAGCUGACAGAAAGUAAACAAGAGCUUGUUUCUCCAAUCUCAUCCUAACUGGAAAUUUAAAGAUAAAGCCAAAUUGCCAACCUGACAUAGAUUCUUUAGAUCUCUAACUUGUUCAGAAAUGAUUUCCCCUCUUCCUGAUAUAAUUUUAGUUGACAUUUUCCAUCAGAACAUUAAAUGUUUCCUUAGGAAAAACCUGAUUUGGGGGGGAUUUAGUUUUUGUUUUUAAUGGAAGAAUGGGUUUCUUCAGUGUCAGAAUAUAUAGAAACUUGUAUAUGUAAUAUAAUAUAUUAUGUAUACAUGUAUAUUUAUCUUCAUUUGAAAACUCAAAAUAGUCCAAUUCUGCAACCCUUGCAAGAUGUGCAUGCAGUAUUAAGCUUAUCACUUUCAUUACUAUUUCCUAAUUGGUGAAUAGAAUGAUAUAUCCUAUAAAGGUGAUUGUGUCACCUGCAAACAGUUCAGAGUGAGUGUGUGUAUGUGUGUGUGUGUGUGUGUGUGUGUAUCUGUCUGUUUUAGGAUGGAAAAAAAUACUCUGUGUAGCUUCUGACUUGUUUAAGUAUGUCUGGGCCCUUUUUUAAACUAGAUUUUAUCUGGGUUUCCUGCUUUGUUUUCAUCAGUUUGUACCUUUAAUGCCAUGCCAUUUCUAGGAAGCCUCUUUCUCCUUCAUUCUAAGAAAAAGCUAUUACAGUCUGCCUUCAACUUUACCACUAUUCUUUAAGAUGUGUGGGAGGAGACAGAUUUUUUUGCAACUCAGUUUGAUGUCUGCAAUUCCAUUUUAAUCACUUUGUAAGAAUUAUGGAAUAUGUUUUGGUUAAAAUAACAGAUAUGUUCUAGAAAUUCUUUUAGGAUCCUCAGGUUUUGAUGUGUGUGGAUACCCAUAUGUACAUAGUUUCUAAAUUGAAUAAUAAAUAUUUUGAAUUGUCCAAACAAUAAAUACUACUGAAAAAGCUGA